AUGUGGUAUCAACUAGAACCUACACAAGCACACAUUGCAUAUGUUUUGAUUGGAGCGGUUUCUGUAAUUUUUUCUCUGGUCUCCCUUGUGUUCAAAGAACAGCUUUUUAUUGGGGAAGCUAUCGUGGGGACUUUCUUUGGCUCUAUCGUUGGUCCCCAUGUCCUAAACUGGUUUAAUCCAUCACGCUGGACCAAUAAUGUGGACAAUCUCACUUUCGAGCUCUCUAGACUGAUACUGGUCAUCCAGUUGUUUGCUACCGGAGCAGAGCUUCCUCCCAAAUAUAUGUGGAAACAUGUUAGAUCGCUCAAUUUAGUCCUCUUCGGGGCCAUGAUUUAUGGCUGGCUGAUACUUUCGCUCUUUGUGUGGCUGAUCUUCCGGAGUGUCGGCCUCAACUUUAGCGAUUCUUUGCUGGUGGGAUCCACGUUUGUUGCGACUGAUCCUGUCCUAGCAGCGGCGAUAGUUGGCAAGAGCAAGUUUGCAGAACGAAUCCGUGCUGACGUAAGAAAUCUGAUCCAGGCCGAGUCCGGGUCGAAUGACGGUCUUGCAUUCCCCUUCGUGACCCUUUCGAUAAACCUGAUUCUUAACAGGCCAGACAAUAUUCAUGCCGGAAAAAUUGUGAAGGACUGGAUUCUCGUGGGCAUUUUGUACCAGUGCGCAUUUGGAGUAUUAUUUGGUAUUGUUAUUGGGAGCUUGGGCAGAUAUUCUUAUCUUUUCACUCGCAGACAGCGUUGGAUUGACAAUGAGUCGUCGUUGGUAUUCUACGUUGGCCUGUCGCUGAUAAUUACCGGACUGGCGUCAAUCUUGGGCUGCGACGACUUGCUAGCUUCUUUCGCUGCCGGAUGCGCUUAUAGUUGGGGUGGGCAAAUAGAUUUUGAACUACAGCCCAGUGGCGAUGAACAUACAGAUUCGGAGCCUUUGCGUUUUUCGAGCGUUGUUGAUUUGCUUCUCAAUACUGCAUACUUCGUUUACGUGGGCUCAAUUCUUCCAUGGAAUGAGUUUUCUCCGUAUGCCGGUAAAUUGGUGGCCCUGGGCGUUGUUUUCGUGUUUCUUUCCAGAAUUCCAGCAAUGCUUCUUCUGCAGUACAUUACUCCAGACAUCCGUGAUUGGAAAGAUGCACUCUUUAUUGGCCAUUUUGGGCCUCGGGGUGUCGGCUCUAUUUUCUGCUGCCUUUUGGCCAAGCACCUGCUUGAAACCCGGUCUCCCGACCCUUCUUCACAUGAAACUCUUCUCAAAGUCCUGUGGCCAAUAUCGACGUUUAUUGUUGUGAUUUCGGUUGUCGUCCAUGGCUUUUCAAUCUGCUGCUUCACCGUCUACUCCACGGCAGUAAAAGUCCGAAUUGAACGACAAAUUACUCCAGAAUCUAUGGAAUCUGUUGAGCCUACUGACAAGCCCGAACCAUCUACUCGUCGUCGAAUGUCUAAGCUGCGGGUUGUGCAACCAAACACUGAUGACCCAGAGUUUCCAAAAUACGCUUACGUCAGUCGUACCAAAGUGAUUCUGGUGAACCAUCAUGGCGAUGUCAUCAAGGAGUUUGAAAAUAAACAUGGAUCAGUUGGUGUGACUUCACAGCUUGCGGCUUUCAGAGAGGGUAACCAGAUAGUCAUCGAGGGCAAUGGCUCCGAAAUCAAACGCUAUGAUCUGGAGUCAAUAGCCUGA